AGGGCGGCGGGAGCUCAGUGCGUCUCUGACCCCCGAGGGCCAAGAGUCUUCCUCCUUUCUGGUGUGUGUCUCUUUCUUUCCGGAGCGGGACCUGCCAUGGGGCCCCAGAGCCUGCUUGCUCUGCUGCUGCUUCUCCUGCUCAGCCACUGCCCCUUCUUCUCCGAGGAGCAGAGCAUCGGAGACGAAGGCGAGCCCCGGGUCAAGCUCUGCGGGCGAGACUUUGUGCGCGCCGUCGUCUUCACCUGCGGAGGCUCCCGCUACAGGAGGAUCUCCCCAGAAACGACGGCCGCCUCGGGAGACAACACGCGGACGCCGCAGAUCGGCUUUCUGAAAAUUACCAAUGACAAAGGACAAGAAAACAAGAAUUUGAUGUCAGUUUCAGAUCCUACAGUGAAGCAGCUGCAAAGUCUCAACCAACCAGCUGGGCAGCAGCCAUUGAAAGACUUGUCCACUUUAUAUAUUGAAUCUGCUCCUCUUUCUGAUAACUUCAUUGAAUAUAUUCGUCAAGUGGAGGAUGCAGCCCGCAAAAGAAGAAGGGAAACUGAGCCAAAUAAUUUGAAAAACCUGAAUAAUUUUCCCUGGGACAAAUACCCUCGAAGAAAGCGUGACGUUGACCUUCAGGACAGGCUGUCCUUAAUAUGCUGUGUUUUGGGAUGCACCCAGGAAAUUCUUAACAGACUAUGUUGAGAAUAUGCACAUUUAGUUUUUCAAGAACAGACUUACAGGUACUUACAACACCACUUAGCUGUAUGUUACAUGGACAGACCAGAGAGCCAUUGUUUCUUUAUUUAUUAUCUUGAGUAACAAAUUAUGUCCUUGUUUCUUUUUAGCCAUUUGUAGACACAAACACCAAGAACUUCUUAUUGGAACCCAUAUUCUGUGCUUAUCAUAUUUGUUCGAUUUUAAUAAAAACAUUUCCCCUUAAAAUUAGGCUGAUAUUUCUACCAAAACUCUGUCCUGUUUAAUUGCUUUUAAUUAAAGUCUUACGAAAUCUCGA